GCCCGCCCCGGGAGCCGCCGCCGGACUCAGUGGGCCCGGCCGCACAGAGACCAUCCGGAGGCGGGGCGGCGGCCGCCAUGGACCCCUGAUCCCACUGGGGACCUCGGACACUGUGGCUGUGGACUGUUGCCGACCGCGCCGCCCACCCUCCUCCCUGUCCCCCUUAGCAUGAGCCACAUUGGGCGGCGGCCCGCAUCCGCUCGUCGAUCCCCCUCCCCCCCAUGAAGUGAUUUGAAUAUCUAUAUAUACAUUUUUUUUUUUUUUGGAAGCCGCGGGGGGACGUCUCGGUGAUCCUCAACCCCAUCGGGGGGGAACCUUCAAACCCCCCCCCCCAGCGGUGUGUCUGCGUGUCCUUUUUUUCGGUGUGUGUGUUUGUGGGUGUAGGCUUACACAGAUUGAAAAAAAAAUACGUGCAACUCAGAGUGUCGCGCCUCAUCACUGAGCCGUAGGGACCUCGGGCACCAUGUCUUGUGUGCAUUAUAAAUUUUCCUCCAAACUCAACUACGAUACCGUCACCUUCGACGGCCUCCACAUCUCCCUGUGUGACCUGAAGAAGCAGAUCAUGGGGAGGGAGAAGCUCAAGGCGGCCGACUGCGACCUGCAGAUCACCAACGCGCAAACGAAAGAAGAAUAUACAGAUGACAGUGCUCUAAUUCCCAAGAACUCAUCAGUAAUUGUUAGAAGAAUUCCUAUUGGAGGAGUUAAGUCUACAAGCAAGACAUACGUUAUGACUUCCAAAUCGCGCACAAUCCUAGAAACUCCUUUCAGAAGUCGAACUGAACCAGUGAGUGGAACGUCAAAAGCAAUUGAUGACUCUUCUGCAUCUAUUUCUCUGGCCCAGCUUACAAAGACUGCCAAUCUGGCUGAAGCCAAUGCUUCGGAAGAAGAUAAAAUUAAAGCAAUGAUGUCACAGUCUGGCCAUGAAUAUGAUCCAAUCAAUUAUAUGAAGAAACCUUUGGGUCCACCCCCACCAUCAUAUACGUGUUUUCGUUGUGGGAAACCUGGUCAUUAUAUAAAGAAUUGUCCUACAAAUGGGGAUAAAAACUUUGAAUCAGUUCCCAGGAUUAAAAAGAGUACUGGAAUUCCCAGGAGUUUUAUGAUGGAGGUGAAGGAUCCGAACAUGAAAGGUGCCAUGCUUACCAACACUGGGAAAUAUGCAAUACCAACGAUAGAUGCGGAGGCCUAUGCAAUAGGGAAGAAAGAGAAACCACCUUUCCUUCCAGAAGAACCAUCCUCUUCAUCAGAAGAAGAGGACCCCAUCCCAGAUGAACUGUUAUGUCUUAUCUGCAAGGAUAUAAUGACAGAUGCAGUUGUCAUUCCCUGCUGUGGAAACAGUUACUGUGAUGAAUGUAUAAGAACAGCAUUACUAGAAUCGGAUGAACACACGUGCCCAACUUGCCAUCAGAAUGAUGUCUCUCCUGAUGCUUUAAUUGCCAAUAAAUUUUUACGCCAGGCUGUAAAUAAUUUCAAAAAUGAAACUGGUUAUACAAAGAGGCUUCGGAAACAAUUACCACCACCACCACAACCACCUCCAAUACCACCUCCAAGACCACUAAUUCAGCGAAACCUACAACCCUUGAUGCGACCCCCAAUUUCAAGGCAGCAGGAUCCUCUAAUGAUUCCAGUGACUUCUGCCUCAGUACAUUCUGCUGCUUCUCUGACAUCGGCAUUGGCCCCUAACCAGCCACCCUUGGCAUCCGCUAUCCCGAUUAAUCGGCCUUCUACACCAGCAUCUGUUCCCGAUAUAACGGCAACGGUGUCCAUAUCUGUCCAUUCGGAUAAGCCGGAGGGGCCUUUUCGUGAUCCUGAGAAAAUGAUACCUGCUGCAGCCCUUGUAGCUGCUGAACAUUCUAAAGCUGCUUCAUCACUAGCAAUUAGCGCCCUGAUGGAAGAAAAGGGUUACCAGGUCCCGGUACUUGGAGCUCCACCAUCGCUACUGGGACAGUCGCUUUUGCACGGACAGUUGAUACCUACUACUGGACCAGUGAGAAUAAAUGCUAUUCGUGCUGCUGGUGGCAGGCCAGGUUGGGAACCAAGUCUGACUCGCGGUCGACACCACGGCGAACGUUCCCAGCGGACUCAAGGCCCGUUGCCAGCAACACCAGUCUUCGUCCCCGUACCUCCACCUCCCAUCUAUCCACCCCCACCCCAUGCACUCCCUCUGCCUCCAGGGGUCCCCCCACCCCAGUUUCCUCCUCAGUUUCCUCCUGGGCAGCCCCCUCCCGCUGGGUUCAGUGUUCCUCCUCCAGGAUUUCCUCCAACUCCUGCCAACAUAUCAACACCUUGGGUAUCCACAGCUGUCCAGACGGCUCAUUCCAAUGCUAUCCCAACAACCCAAGCGCCGCCUUUAUCCAGGGAAGAAUUCUACAGGGAGCAGCGACGACUUAAAGAGGAGGAAAAGAAAAAGUCCAAACUAGAUGAGUUUACAAAUGAUUUUGCUAAGGAAUUGAUGGAAUACAAAAAGAUUCAAAAGGAGCGUAGGCGCUCAUUUUCCAGGUCCAAAUCCCCCUAUAGUGGAUCGUCCUACUCGAGGAGUUCAUAUACCUAUUCCAAAUCAAGAUCUGGCUCGUCACGUUCACGUUCUUAUUCUCGGUCCUUUAGUCGGUCUCACUCUCGUUCUUACUCACGCUCGCCUCCGUAUCCCAGAAGGGGCAGGGGGAAGAGCCGGAAUUACCGUUCGAGGUCAAGAUCCCACGGCUAUCACCGCUCCAGGUCAAGGUCUCCGCCGUAUCGCCGAUACCAUUCACGGUCCAGGUCUCCUCCAGCUUUUAGGGGUCAGUCUCCUAAUAAGCGAAAUUUACCUCAAGGGGAAGCAGAACGAGAGUAUUUCAAUAGGUAUAGAGAAGUGCCGCCACCUUACGACAUAAAGGCCUACUACGGGAGAAAUGUUGACUUUAGGGAUCCCUAUGAGAAAGAACGUUACCGAGAAUGGGAACGAAACUACAGAGAGUGGUAUGAAAAAUACUACAAAGGGUACGCUGCUGGCGCCCAGCCCAGACCUCCAGCCAACAGGGAGGCCUUCUCUCCAGAGAGAUUUGGUCCACCGGGCGCCAGGAGAGAGAAUUCUCCCUUCCCCCGAGGCCGCAGGGAAGACUACUCGACGGGACAAAGUCACAGAAGUCGCAAUAUGCCUGGAAGUUAUCCAGAGAAACCCUCAGUGAGAGAUGGUCAUGGCUUGAAGGAUAAUGCCAAGUCAAAGGAGAAGGAAAGUGAAAAUCCCCAAGGAGAUGGCAAGGGAAAUAAACAUAAGAAGCACCGAAAGAGAAGAAAAGAAGAAAACGAAGGCUUCGUCAAUGCGGAGUUGCUGGAGACUUCCAGGAAGCCAAGAGAACCGGCGGUAGGGGAAGAAAUUAAAACGGACUCAUUGUUCAUUCUCCCCAGUAGGGAUGAUGCUACCCCUGUGAGAGAUGAACCAAUGGAAGCAGAUUCAAUAACUUUUAAACCUGUGUCUGAGAAGGAGAAGAAAGACAAAGAUAAGCCGAAAGCAAAGGCAGACAAGACAAAACGCAAAAACGAUGGCAGCGCCGCUACCAAGAAGGAGAGUGUUGCGAAACCCGCGAAAGGGUCUCAGGAAAAAUCCACCGAUGUGGAACGUGAGAAGUCCCCUCGACCCGAGCCUCCAUCCAAAAAAGCCAAAGAGGAGGUACCAAAGACUGACAGUACUAAGUCAUCCUCCUCUUCUCAGAAAGAUGAAAAGGCCGCUAACACACCCAGAAAAGUUCACCCUAAGGUGGCAAAAGAGCACCAAGAAACCAAACCGGUCAAAGAGGAAAAGGCAAAAAAGGAGUAUUCAAAAGAAUCCAAAUCAGAAAAGCCCUCGAACAAAGAGGAAAAGUCAAAAAAGCCUUCCGAGAAAAGCAAACCCACUGAUGCCAAACCGGAAAAAAGGAAAAGAAAAGCAGAAGAGAAGGGAAUCGAUAAAGAGCACGAGGCAACUUCGGUGAAAAGCAGUAAACCAGAAGCUGCCGAAGUGAUGAAGCCUUCACCAAAACGGAAAAUGGAACCAGAUGUUGAAAAGACCGACAGAACUCCAGAAAAGGACAAAGCUGCGUCUGCCCCGGCAAAAAAAAUUAAACUCAACCGAGAAACGGGGAAAAAAAUUGCAAGUGGGGAAACUGUCCCUGGUGCAAAAGAAGUUACUGAAAAAAUAGAACCAGCAAGUAGCAAGGUUAAACAAGAAAAGGCCAAAGGCAAAGUUAGAAGAAAAGUAGCAGCAGCAGAAGGGUCCGGCUCAACUCUUGUGGAUUAUACCAGUACGAGCUCAACUGGAGGCAGUCCUGUUAGAAAGUCAGAAGAAAAGCCAGACACCAAACGAACUGUCAUUAAGACCAUGGAAGAAUACAAUAAUGAUAUCACAGCCCCAGCCGAGGAUGUUAUUAUUAUGAUUCAGGUCCCUCAGUCAAAGUGGGAUAAAGAUGAUUUUGAGUCGGAGGAGGAAGAAAUUAAAUCUACACAAGCCCCGUCAAAUGUCGGAAAACCUGCAAGUGUCAUCAAAAGUGUCAGCACUAAACCACUGAAUCCUGUUAAACAGGCUGAAAAGGAAACUGAGCCAGUGGAAAAAAUUCCGAAAACCACAAAAGAAGCCAGCCAUGAAGGUGCUCAGCAUGAGGGAAAAGGUUCAAAAAAUUCUGCAUCAAGUGAAAAAGGGAAAACCAAAGACCGGGAUCAUUCGGUGUCAGACAAGGAAAAUUCUGAAAAGAGGAAGGGCAGCGCUCAACCAGAAAAGGACAUCAAUUUGGACCGUGUAGGCGAACAAGGAAACCUCAAAAGUCUUUCUCAAUCUUCCAAAGACAGUCGAACUUCAGAUAAACACGAUUCUGGCCGUGCAGCCUCAAGUAAAGACUUCACCCCUAAUAGAGACAAAAAAGCGGACUAUGACAAUAGGGACCACUCAAGCGCUAAACGUAGAGAUGAAAGGAGCGAGGUAGCCAGGAGAAAAGAAUCUCCUCCUCGGAAUAAGGAGGCUGUUCCGGGACAAAAAGGCAAACCGCGGGACGAAAAAGCAGAUUUUCCCAAAAAGGGAACGGGGGACUCCAAAAGAAGUAAUCAUAGUCCCCAAAGGGAUCGGAAACCAUAUGAUCACAAGGCUGCUUACGACUCCAAGCGCCCCGCCGAAGAGAACAAAUCUGUAGAUAAAAACCCAGGUAAAGAGAAGGAGAAGCAUACAUUGGAAACCAAGAACAAUAAAGAGAAAGAACUAAGUGGCAGUAAAUCAACUCACAGGCAGAGCACGCCAGAGGCCCAGAAUGAGAAAGAACCCAUCCCCGGGCAAGUCGAUAAGGGGACUGUCAAACCGAAGCCCCAGCUAAGCCACUCCUCCCGACUCUCUUCGGACUUAACUAGAGAAACGGACGAGGCCGCGUUCGUUCCAGAUUACAAUGAGAGUGACAGCGAGAGUAACGUCUCUGCAAAAGAAGAGGACCCUUCGGGAAAGAACCCGAAAGAACCGAAGGACAAAGCGACGGAGAAAGGGAAAGAGGGUUUGGACGCAGUGGCCGGCCAGCCCGACGUCCCCCGAAGUCAAAGCCAGAGCAGUCCCAGCGUCAGCCACAGCCGGAGUCAGAGCCCUUCCGGGAGCCAGACCCGAAGCCGCAGCAGCAGUGCCAGCUCAGCAGAAAGCCAAGACAGUAAGAAGAAGAAGAAGAAGAAGGAGAAAAAGAAGCACAAGAAGCAUAAGAAACACAAGAAGCAUAAGAAGCAUGCAGGCCCUGAAUCGGAAUUGGAGAAAAGCCAAAAACACAAACAUAAGAAGAAAAAAUCCAAGAAGAACAAAGAUAAAGACAAGGAGAAGGAGAAGGAUGACCAAAAAGUGAAAUCUGUCACUGUAUAAAACGACAGAUUAAAAAAAACUGACUUAAUUACUAAGUCAUCUGUAUUAAAUUUUGUUAUAAUAUAAACAAGUUCAUGCUUUGUAAAUAGUGACAUGGAAGACCCUGUGCUGCACUUAAAAUAUUGCUGCUUGAUUAUUUGAUUUUUACAUCAGAGCUUUAUAACGUGAACAUUUUGUACAGAAUUGUGCGUUGUGACCAUGUAACAUGAGAGAUUUUGCUGGGGCAUAUUAUUUUUAACCACCAUUAAUUAGUUUGGGUGGAGUUUACUGUACUGUGAAUUUUUCACAUUUGAAUUUUUUUGUAAUUGCCUGGCAGAAAAAGCUGAUAUCGGUUCUAAAAUAUCAGCAGAAUGAUUUGCAGAAUUCAUUACGGCUCUGUUAUGUCACUUUUGAUUACAAUAAAAGUUUUCAGUAAACUUUAUUCAAA